AGUUGCUCCCACAUACUGGCAGCAUCAAACAUGUCAAGAACAGAGGCAAUCUUGCGGCUCCUCCUGGCCCUUUGCAUCCUCCCCUGCAACACAUCCAUUUCCUCCGCCGCUGAUGCAUUCCUCCGCUGCCUCUCCGCCGCCAUCCCGCCCCAUCUCCUCCACACCCCGCCCUCCCCGUCCUACUCCCCGCUCCUGCUCUCCUCCGUCCGGAACCUCCGAUUCGUCACGCCGGGAACCCCAAGGCCUCUCGCAAUCGUCGCCGCCGGGGAGGCCUCCCACGCCCAGGCCGCCGUGCGCUGCGGCCGUCUGCACGGCGUCCGCGUGCGCGUGCGCAGCGGCGGGCACGACUACGAGGGCCUCUCCUACCUCUCCCUGGACCCCCGCGAGCCCUUCGCCCUGCUCGACCUCGCCGCGCUCCGCGCCGUCCGCGUCGACCCCGCGCGCGCCGAGGCCUGGGUCGGGUCCGGCGCCACGCUCGGCGAGCUCUACUAUGCCGUGGCCGCCGCGAGCCGCGCGCUCGCCUUCCCCGCCGGGGUCUGCCCCACCGUCGGCGUCGGUGGCCACCUCUGCGGCGGCGGCUUCGGCACGCUAAUGCGCAGGUACGGCCUCGCCGCCGACCACGUCCUGAACGCCGUCCUCGUGGACGCCGGCGGGAGGCUCCUGAACAGGACCGCCAUGGGUGAAGAUCUCUUCUGGGCCAUCAGGGGUGGCGGCGGCGAGAGCUUCGGCGUCGUGCUGUCCUGGAAGCUCCGGCUCGUGCGCGUGCCGGAGUCGGUCACGGUGUUCACCAUCCGUCGGUCAAGAAACCAAUCUGCCACCCAUCUCAUAGCCAAAUGGCAAGAGAUCGCGCCGGCCCUGCCCCCGGACCUAUAUCUACGGGUCGUCGUGCAUAACCAGGAGGCUCAGUUUCAGUCCCUGUUUCUUGGCCGAUGUGGCCACCUCGUCAGUCUCAUGCAAGCUCACUUCUCUGAUCUUGGAAUGGUGCGAGCUGACUGCGAGGAGAUCAACUGGAUCCAAUCCACCGUGUACUUCGCGUUCCACUCCAGCUCCAAGCCAUUAGAGCUGCUCUUAGACAGGGGUACCAAGCCGGAGAGCUACGUGAAAGCCAAGUCCGACUACGUGCAAGUGCCAAUCCCAUUGCACGCCUGGGAGAGCACAUGGACAUGGCUGGCGAAGCAGGAGGCCGGGAUCCUCAUCCUAGAUCCCUACGGUGGCAGAAUGGGGAGCGUCGCGCCGUCUGCGACGCCUUUCCCGCACCGGAAGGGGAAUCUGUACAACCUACAAUACUACUCCUCCUGGUCUGAGAAUGGAACAGAUGCGUUUGAUAAGCAUAUGGCCUGGGUCAGGGGUCUGUACAAGCAGAUGGAGCCAUAUGUAUCCAAGAACCCAAGAACAGGGUAUGUGAACUACAGAGACCUGGAUCUUGGCAGGAAUGAAUUGGGCGACAAUGUGACCAGCUAUGCAAAGGCUGGAGUUUGGGGGGAGAAGUACUUCAAGGGCAAUUUUGAGAGGUUGGCAGCAGUCAAGGCCAUGGUGGAUCCUGAUGACUUCUUUAGAAAUGAGCAGAGCAUCCCACCUCUUCCUGCUGCAAAGGGAUGGAACUCCAUGUGAUUGGAGGUUUGUUUUUCUAAGGGCAACUUCAAUUUUUGAAAACAAAAAGGAUUUGAGUGUGGCUGUUAUUUGGGAUGGGAUCAGAUAUGUGCUCUUUUGAAAGACCUUUUUUCAAGUCCAUGAUGAUUAGAUGGUAUUAAGUUGUCACAAGUUUUUUUUUUAGUCGUGAGCCAGAUGCAUUACUUUGGCAAUAGGAAAAUAAUGGAGUUUAUCCUCUCAGUCGAUAUAUAGGAGUGCCCAUUUUCCUCAUGUUCCUGCAGUUUGAAAACUUUGUGUACUCUUUUGAGUUACAAGUUAACAAGUUAACGGGUCUAGCACCUGUUGUUAACCUCCAGUCCGUCGAGGGGUAGUCUACACUGACUGGCGAGCGAUCACAGACUGGCAGAUGUUUCUACCAAGUCACUGGUUCUGCCCAUCAGUUUGAGUUUUUAGGGGUUUAAAACAAACAUAGUUAAAUAACAGUACUUCACAAUUCCACAACACAUAAACUACAAAGGCUUGCUUAUCCUAAUGCUACACAUAUUACUUCUGAAUGACCACCUUUCCCCGGAAGAACAGUUUGGAGCAAAUUAAUUAGUGUCAUUAUCCAACAAGCAUGGAGAACGAUAAGACAGUGUUGGGGAGUUGUGUUCCUCAAUCCAUUGCUUCUAUGAGUGUGAUGAGGUUCCUUCCAGUCAACCUGGUUCAGAUCAGCUAAUGGAGUUGGAGCUUAAUGAGAAAAAAAUUCUAAAGAAAAAGGCUUCUAAGGAAAUCCAGAGCAGGGUAUAGUUUGAACCAGUCUGCUGAGAGCAAAAUAAGAAAAGUUCUCUGGAUACAAAUAUGACAGAUGUAGAAGGUGAUCGUGAGGAAGAGGGGGAGGCAUAGGUGGACUAUGAUGCUAGUGAGAAUGUUGAAGAGAAUGGCUCUGAUUAUCUGGGAUUAGAAGGUGCAGAGGAUAUGGAUGCUGAGGCUUAUGCCAUGAAUUUAGGAUUUAGGAUAGAAGUUACCAGAGAUGAACGAAGGUGUUGUAUCAUAAAGUUUUGGUAAUGGACAGUCUGAUAAUGGAGAUGGAGAUGGUGAUCAUGUGUUAGAGUCCAAGCUGGGUGAUGGAGUUGAAAGAAAGAAAGCUUAAGGAGGAACAAAGGUAAAAGAUGUAUCUAUGGAGGAAAGGAGGUCAAGCGGCAGAACAGAUAUUGAUCAGAAGGUUAUGGGUAAGGCUGUCAAUAGAGUGAAGCACAAGAAUUUGGAGAUAGUGGUGGGUACUACUGUGUUUCCCUAGUGUUUCAAAUUCUGCGCGGUCCAAUUUACAUGACAUGGCUUGUAAGAUACUACCUCCGUCCCGUAAUAUAAGAAUGUUUUUCAAAAUAUGUUAGCUUGAGAAACGAUCUUAUAUUGUGGGACGGAGGAAGUACCUCUGUAACUAGAUAUACAACGUUUUGUAGUUCAAUAGGAGUAAAUCUUGGUAAUACGACACUAAAUAUGGAACGGAGGGAGUAUUAAUGUAGAGAUGGACAAAACUGUUAAUGAUAUUUGACUUCUUUUUUUUGUUGCUA